CACCGCAAGCAACCGCGGCCACAUUCCCCAGUAAAAAAACACCAACACUGGAGUAAGCCGCACGCACCCUCGCCUUGUCGGCGACUCCUCCCACUCCCAGAUCCCCACCUCGCUCUCACUCCCCCACUCUUCCCCCCUCGCCGCGGCGGCCAGAUCCGGGCGGCGGAAUGCUGGGCCGGGCGGGGGCGCUGUCCGCGGCGCGGUGGCGCGGCGGCGCCGGGACCGGGACCGGGAUCGGGAUCGACCUGCGCGCCGCGCUGCGCUCCGGGGGCAACCUCCUCUUCGCGCUCUUCGUGGCGGCCGUCCUCGCCUUCACCCUCCUCGCCGCGGUCCACAGCCCCGACGACCCGCUCCUCCACCCCUCAUCGCACCAGCUCACCGCGUUCCUCACCUCCGCCACCUCCAACUCCACCUUCCUCGCCGACGACUCCGUCCUCCGCACCGGCGAGGACUUCGCCGCCGCCAUCGGCGCCAACUCCUCCGAUGCCGCCGCCGCCGCGGAGGCCACCGUCGUCGCCGAGGCCGUCCCGUUCAUCAAGCUCGAGGACGUCGCGACCAAGGAGGAGUCGUCGGGGGCGGAGCGGGCCGUCACCGUUGACACCGACGCCAGCUCGGACGCGGGCGCCGCGGCGGAGGAGAACCCCAUCGUCGAGGCGGUCUCCUGCGACACGGAGGCGCCGGUGGACUGCACGGGGGACAAGGAUCUCUUCAACCUGCUCAUGCGCACGGCGAUCGAGAAGUUCUCCGACCUCCACUUCUACCGCUUCGGCCGCCCCGUCGCCGUGCCGGGGAGCCCCAUGGAGUGCGACCUCGCAUGGCGCUUCCGCCCCGCCGAGGACACCAACGGCCGCACCACCUACUACAAGGACUACCGCCGCUUCACGCUCACCCGCGACGUCAACACCUGCAACCUCGUCGUCGGCAAUGUGGGCGAGUACCACUCCGGCACCGGCGCCAAGCGCAGCGGCCGCCGCAAGGGCAAGAAGGGGAAGAAGGGCAAGCGCGAGGCACCGGUCACCGACUUUGUGCCGGCCAAGACGCAGAUGAGGCUCGAUGAGAACGCUGCCAAUGCAGACACCACGGCCGCCUCCGAGCCGGAGCUAGUUGUCGGUGAAGCUGUCAAUGACAAUUUACCGGUGGUCGAAUCUGAGUCUGAAUUCAGCCGCGGAAAGUAUCUCAUCUACAUGGGCGGUGGUGAGAGAUGCAAGAGCAUGAACCACUACGUUUGGGGAUUCUUGUGUGCACUUGGUGAGGCACAGUACUUGAACCGGACACUUGUUAUGGACCUUAAUGUGUGCCUCAAUUCACGGUAUACUUCAAGUGGCAAGGAUGAAGAGAGAGAUUUUAGGCUCUACUUUGAUUUUGAGCACUUGAAGCAAUCAGCAUCGGUCAUUGACCAGAGCCAGUUCUGGACAGAUUGGGGGAAGUGGCACAAGAAGGAUAGACUGAAGAAUCACUACACUGAAGACAUCAAGGUGACCCCGAUGCAACUUCGUGACGUCAAGGACACACUGAUCAUGAGGAAGUUUGGGAAUGUUGAGCCUGAUAACUUCUGGUCUCGUGUAUGUGAGGGUGAGACGGAGGCAGUGAUCAAGCGCCCAUGGUAUUUAUUGUGGAAAUCGCGUCGAUUGAUGGAGAUCGUGUCUGCCAUUUCCUCCCGGAUGGAUUGGGACUUUGAUUCAGUCCAUGUUGUGAGGGGGGAGAAAGCCCAGAACAAACAGUUGUGGCCAAAUCUUGAUAGAGAUACUUCUCCAGAUAGUCUCCUUACGACACUUAAUGAUAAGGUCGGUGCUGGCCGGCAUUUGUACAUUGCAACCAAUGAACCCGAUAAAUCAUUCUUUGACCCAAUGAAGGGUAAGUAUCGAACACACUUCCUGGAUGACUUCAAGGAUUUAUGGGAUGAGAACAGCGAGUGGUACACUGAAACAAAGGAGCUGAGCAAUGGUAAUGCUGUUGAAUUCGAUGGAUACAUGAGGGUUGCAGUUGACACUGAGGUGUUCCUUCGGGGGAAGAGGAAAUUGGAGACAUUCAGUGAUCUUACUCGUGAUUGCAAGAAUGGUGUCAAUACAUGCCCUGCUUCCUCAUGAACAUCUCGUGAAUUAUGUGCGCUGAGUCUCAAAUGUUGUGCUUGAUAUAAUAUUUUUGAACUACCGUGUAUCUUAAGCACAUAUGGCUUUGUUGUAGCUAGCUAGUUCAUAUGAGUGUUUCUGCAGGACACUGUUGUUGUAUUUUAUCACCCAGAACACAUUAGUUUGUUGAAUUCAUGCAUCGGCACUUUGUAGUUUGUACUAAUUGCUUAAACAAGAAAUUUGCUCAAUGUUACCAUGUUAAGCCUCUAUUCUGAGGUAUUCAUCA